AUGACCAUCCUAUCUACUGGGCGUUUUAAUUACAGGCUGCAGCUUGUUAGGAGCAAGACCAUACUUCUAGUCGCUUUCCUCUUCAGUUUGGCUUUGGUCUAUCUCUGUUACUUCUACGAUGAUUAUUCUCCAGUUCCACCUCCGGUGCGUGAAGGUGCCACCAAGCUCUCCAAGGCCGUGGUGGUUCCCAAGACAAAAUGGGACAGAGUAGGUUGGGUGAAGAAGCUGGAGCCAGAAUGGGUGCCUUUUAUCUAUUCAGUGGAUAAUGAUGCAAGAUAUACCCUCCGCACACCCAAGAAUGUUGGACGUGAGGCAAUGGUCUACCUGUCCUUUAUCAUAGACUACUAUGACUCGCUUCCAGAGAUAGUAGCAUUCACCCACAGCACAAAUAAGCAGUGGCAUAAUGACUUCAAAGGCCGCAAGACAGUCAACAUCCUAUCCCAUCUGCGGGAUGAUGCUGUGAAGAAGAAAGGAUACGUCAACCUUCGCUGUCUAUGGGAGCCUGGGUGUCCGACCUCGGUUAACCCGCUUAACCCAACCGAGACAGAUAUCAAGGAGCAGGGUGAGCGCGCUAAGAUGGCUGAGAUAUACAUGGAGCUGUUCAAUGUCACGAGGACCGAGGUACCCAUGCAUAUCGGUGGCGUGUGCUGCGCACAGUUCGCUGUGACCCGGGAACGAAUCCGUCAGAGGCCACUGGACGACUAUAUCCGGAUGCGCAACUGGGCCCUAGGAGCUGAGUUCACCAGUUUCGGCGUUGGUUGGGUAUUUGAGCAAAUAUGGCAUAUCAUCUUUAUGGAGGAAGCUAUCCAACAACCGGAGGACCAGGAGUUAGAGGCGUUGUAUAGCAUGUCUGGCUUAUAUGUAUCGGAUAGCAAGCAUUUGGGAUAG